ACUGUCUCCCCCUCCCGCUCACUGCUGCACCCCCAUGGGUUAAGGAGCAGCCCCCCCCCACCCCGAGUGACUCCAGCUCCCCACCUCUGCCAUGGGGGCCCCCUUGCCGUGACUGUGAUCUGCGGGGGGCGAGGGGGAAGCAGGAUCCCCUGCUGGCUCUGACCUGGCCCGGAGCUCCCACCCGGGCCCCGUGGGUGGGGCACGCCCCCUCCCCCAACCCACCAGGCUCCAGAUCCCCCCCUCCCCGGCAUCUCAGCUUCGGCCUUCCCAGCCGCAGCCCCAUGGCGGCCAAGUGGUUCAAGGAGUUCCCCUCCAGCCUGAAGACGGCGUCCGAGCGGGCCAGGCCAGGCGGCGGGAGCCUGGGCAAGCUGGCCAGCGCCUCCCGGAAGCCCCUGGGCCCCGCCGAGCCGGGUCCCGGCCCACCGCAGGGCAAGAACCGCAAGAACUCGGCGGCCGAGCUGGGGGGCUGCAGGGCGGCUCCGGGGCCCGGCAAGGACGGUGGCAGCCGGCUGUCCCGGGACAACCUGCAGGGGCUGAUCCAGGCCGCCACGGGCAAGAUGCGCAAGAACUCCCGGGCGGAGGGGAGCCCCCAGGAGGGCGCCCCCAAGGGCCCCGGCUGCAGCACCUACAUGAACCGGCUCAUCAAGGUGGACGCCCAUGAGAAGAAUGGGAAAAGCUACCCCGGCAGCAGCCCGUCGCCGGAGGAGGAGAAGGGCAGGAGCCCCAAGCAGGAGACGGUCAUCAUUCUGGAGGACUAUGCCGACCCGUACGACGCCAAGCGCACCAAGGGCCAGCGGGAGGCGGAGCGGCUGGGGGAGAACGACGGGUACAUGGAGCCCUACGACGCGCAGCAGAUGAUAACCGAAAUCCGCAGGCGGGGCUCCAAGGACCCUCUGGUCAAAGCCAUCCUGCUGCUGGACGGGCCUGGGGAGCCGGGGGAGGGCGGCGCCCGGCCGGACGUGGCGCCCAAGCGGCAGGUCUCCAAGGAGCAGCUGGGGAAGGCCCCGCCGCAGCUCUAUGACACCCCCUAUGAGCCCGGGGAGGCGCCGGCCAGCACCCCGCAGGACAGGAGGGCGCGGGCGGUGGACAGCCGGCUCCCGGAGAACGACGAGCGCCCUGCUGCGGAGUACGAGCAGCCCUGGGAGUGGAAGAAGGAGCAGAUAGUGAAGGCUCUGUCAGUCCAGUUUGAGGGAGCGGAGCGGGCGGGCGCCCCCAAGGACGAGGCGCUGCGGCAGCACCAUCGCCAGAAGAGCUGGACUCCCAAGACCCUGAAGCCGACGCUCCCAGACCACGGCGAGGGCGAGCGAGUGGACCCAGCCCUGGCGCUGGAGAAGCAGCCCUGGUACCAUGGAGCCAUCACCCGGGCCGAGGCCGAGAGCCGGCUGCAGCCCUGCAAAGAGGCCGGUUACCUGGUGCGGACCAGCGAGACGGGGAGUGGCAAAUACUCCAUCGCGCUCAAGACCAGUCAGGGAUGCGUCCACAUCAUCGUGGCCCAGACCAAGGACAACAAGUACACGCUGAGCCAGACCAGCGGCGUCUUCGGCAGCGUCCCCGAGGUGGUGCAUCACUACUCCGCCGAGAAGCUGCCCUUCAAAGGGGCGGAGCACAUGACCCUGCUGCACCCCGUGCACAGCAAGCUGCAGUAGCGUGGCCGCGCCCAGCCAGCUGCCUGGGGCUUCGCCACGGACUUCGGGGCAGCCAGGGGGCCGGGCGGGCUCGCGUGUGGAGCCAGGUGCAGCGCGGGGACGGCAGGUGCUCCGGGGCCCACUCUGGACAGAGUCAAAGACCCCACUCCCCAGCAUGUCUGAUCUCGUUCCAGCCAGGGCGCGGUUGGUGCCCACGUGGGAGCGGCCGCUCAGCCUGCCGGACACUAGCAGGGGCUGCAGUCUGGGAACGCUCUGCCCCACGGAGAGCCCCCUUGGCCCUGCACAGAGCCGGAGCUGCCAGGCUUUGGUGCCGGUAUAAAGGGAUGUAGGGAUCGCCGGAGCGGAUCGUCCCGCAGGCCGGCCAGGGAGGUGCCCCAGCCUCGGGUGACCCCGCGCUGCCUGGGACUGUCAGUGUGACCCUGGGCAGCAGUGAGCACGGUGCUGAGCCGCUGGUCCUGGUCUCAAUCCCCUUAAGGCCAGAGGGGCCAUUUGGGUCCUCUGGGCUGGCCUGCCUGGCACAGGCCAGAGCUCCUCCCCCGCCAACUCCUGCCUCCCGGGCCAAGCCAGAGCUGCUGCCUGGGGGGUGAUGUCCCCUUUGGCUCCCUGGGGUCUCUGAUGGUUGUGGGCAGCUGGGGCCCAGCUCCACUGGCACCUUGGCAGCCGUUCUGCUUCCCUAGACUCUCCUGUGCCCAGGGAGGCCCCUUUGCCCCACUGCUUUCUGUCCAGGGCAAGGUGUGUGACUCGACCUGCUGGGAGCAUCCUUGUGUCCCUCCCUUGCGAGGUCCUGCCCCCUCCAGGCCUCCUCUCCCCUCAGUCUGCCCCGCCCCAAGCCAGGGCCAAACGCCUGCAGCCGUCGCUCUCCAGCACUGAGUCUGCAGCCGGCUGCCCCGCGGGUUACGGGAGCUCCCCGGCGCUGGCGUGUGCUCAGCUCCCCCAGGCGGGCAGGUCGGUUGGACCAGCUCGGAGUGGGGGCAGGAUGUAUCUUUACGCGGAGGCCUGACAAAGGGAUCCGCUUGGCUUCCUUUUCGCCCGGCCUGAAAUGCUGCUGUUCUGGCCCAGGCCUGUGGGGUGAGGGACGGCCCGAGGGGCAGGGGCCCAGGCCGUGAGAGCCAGCGAUCCGGGAGCUGGCUGGGUAGGAGCCUGCCGGUAGGAGCGGAGGGCAGCCUCUGUGUUCAGGUAGUGCAAGACACCCGCCCCCCCUCCCGGCAGGUGGUAAUGCCCAGCCCCUGCCAGCAGGCGGUAACGCCCACACCCCCCUGGCAGGCGGUAACGCCCAGGGCCCCCCAGCAGGCGGUAAUGCCCAUGCGCCUCUGGCAGGCGGUAAGACCCAGGGCCCCCUCCCCAGCAACUGGUAAUGCCCAGGCCCCCCUGGCAGGUCUUGCACUAGGUUGCAGGAAGGGCAUUUUUCUGACGCGCUUUCACGUCCCACUAGGGUAAUUCCGUGGGCCGAGUCCCAGCGCCGAAGGAAGUGACUCCCACCCGGACUGUGGCUCGGCGCAGGCCCUCUGUGGGCAAGUCCCCCCCGGUUUUCCUCUGGGAGCAGCAUUUGACAGAGGGAUUGUUCUGGGCUGCCCCUUGGGCCUGUUCCCAGGGGCCGACCAGCCCCUACUUCUGGCAGUGCCCUAACGAGGACGUGCCUAACGGAACGGGGGCACCUGCCUGCUCCUGGGGGGCAUGGCUGACGGGCGGCAGGCAGUGAUCCUGGCAGCACCCGUACGCCGCCUUUCUCCUGCUAAAAACAAACGGCUGCGGCAAGCGAUGCCCUGCCUGUAACAGGGCCUGGUCCCGGCAGCCACAAGCCCCGAGUCGGCUCUAGUUGGUUCAGGCGCUUCCCCCGAAGCGGGUUUCCCAGGAACAGGAGUAAACACCUGGGAGCUGGUGCCGCUGCCGCACGGCGCUGGGCUUCGUUCUGCCAGGCCUGGCUGUGGCAAAGCCCCCGGCUGCUCGGUGCAGCGCUGGCCGGGGCUCAGCUCAGCACCUGCUUUGCUGACUUGGUGCCUGGCAGGGGUUUGUUAUGGAGGGGACGGAAACUGCCCCAAAUCCCCCAGUGCCGGCCACCCCCUCCCCGCUGCUCUGCCCCCCACACAGAGCCAGGGGCUCCCCUGUUCUCUGCAACCUGGGGUGGGCAGAGACCAGAAAGGGGCCGCGUCGUGCUCGGGUCAACACUGCCACCCUGUGGCGAGGACUCUGCAUUACAGGGAGCAAAACGUUACCCCUUAGUUGCAUGGCCUAGGGAGGUGGUUUUGUCUGGCCCAGGCAAGGGAGCAGUGACAGCAAGGGCCCAGGAGCAGCCCCCUGCCUUCCUCCACCCUCCAGGCCAGAGGGCAGCAGGAGCAUGUUCCUAUGGGGAACCCGCCCACUGCUAAGGACCCCCACACACACCCCUAGCCUAAGGGGAGGAUCCACAGGGCCUGGAAACUGCUGAGCUAACCCAGGCAGGUUCUCCCUGCCGGAGCCUGGCCGGAGACAGGGGCCGGCCGGCUGUGGGCGCCACAGGCUGAGGCUCUGUCCUCACUACGGCGUUAGCUCCGCUCCACUUACCCUGUGCCAGCCACCGCCAGGCAACGCACCCACACCCUCGUGGCUGGGGUGGGGGUGACAUGUGCAGUAGCUCUGCAGCGAGGACAAGCCCUGAGCCCCUUUCCCCUCCGAAGGAAUCGAAGCCCCUUCCCAAAGCAAGCCAGGCUGCAGCUUGCUCUAGCAUUGGCCCGGGGGAUUCCAGUUAGCAUGUGCCUGCAGCCUCCCCGGGCGCAGCCAGCUGGCCCAAAGCUCUCGGAGACGCUCCUGGGUUGGGCAAGUGAUUGGCAGAGUCCCGGCAGGUCGUCAUGCUUUGUGUGGGUCGGCAGUGAGCACAGCUGUGCUGCGUGUGGCUCGAGGGCCAGUGUUUGACCUUUGGUUUUUGGAGACUGUGUCUUUAACCAGCUGCUUGGCUGCAUUAAUUGUUUUUAAAGUAUUUAUGACGUUGCCCGAGGUGGUUUUAUGGCGUCUCUGAAUGUCAGGUGAGAACUGACACAAGGCUGCUUGCAGCCAGGGCGCUAGGUGGAAAUAAACUGUCACUUCAAGGAACGGCCUCACCCAGCGGCUGCGUGUUGCUGAGGCCUGGGCAGAGGAGAUGCUUGCUAGCGCUGCAUUUGCAAUAAGUGCUUGGUUGCAUCAUUGCAGCAGGGCCUGGUUCCAAGCCCAUUGAAAUCAGUGGCAAGGCUUUGGAUUUUCUGAUUUGCAUCAGCACUAAGGAAAAAAAAAAUCUGUCCCUCUCCCUUCUUGGUGCCUCUGCUGCAGAGAAGGGGUUAGUCAGCUUCCUGCUCUCACCCUCGCUUGGGGAACUUUGUGC